CUUGUAUAUAUAAAUAUACUUAAUAAUUUUUAUGCAUCGUAAUAACAAAAUGCACAAACUAGCAAUAUCUAUAUCAGCUCUUUUGUAAAUCGUCUGAGAAUGACGCAUAUUACCAGUCAGUUGACAAUUAUUGUUUUAUUAUUGAUUUUUUGUCAGUCGUUCUAGAUUCAUAAUGUGCAAUAGUCGAAUGAAAUGACAGUGACUGCAAAGAAAAAAAAGUUCGAAAGUUUAAAUGAAAUAAAUGUAACAAAGAACAAUGACGUAUCUUAAAAUCAUUAAUUGACUAAACAAAUGAAUAUGUUUAUUUGUUCUUCUUGAUUAUUAAAAAAUAUAUUUAUAAAACAUGGAGCUGGAUAUACCAGACACACCUACAGAUAAUUUAUAUCUUGCUCUAAUACAAUGUUUUGCUAUAAUAUUAUGUGGGUACAUAGCUGGAAGACUUGAAAUAAUCACCAAAUCAGAAGCCAAUGGUCUUAAUACUUUUGUUGGAACAUUCGCUUUACCAUCAUUAAUAUUUUUAUCACUAGCAAAGCUUGAUUUUUCGUUAGUAAAUUGGAAGUUUUUAUUAGCUGUCUUUCUUGCCAAGGCAUGUGUGUUCCUGGUGGUUCUCGGAGUGUCUCUGAUAGUAACACGACCAACAAAUCCAGGUCGAGCUGCAUUGUUUGCAAUUUUUGCUACUCAAAGUAACGACUUUGCCAUCGGAUAUCCGAUGAUUGACGCUCUUUACGGUGAUACUCAUUCUGAAUAUGCAGCCUAUCUCUACCUGAUGGCACCGAUAUCACUGGCUAUUUUAAAUCCAAUUGGUUUUAUUUUACUAGAAAUAGGAAAGCGUCGUACAGGAAGCCAGCAAUCAGGAUGGAAACUAGUUGGUUCUGUAGUUAAAGGCAUCGGAUUGAAUCCUAUAUUAUUUAUGACAGUUUUGGGAAUCAUCGGGAAUUUCAUAUUCAGUCAUCAAAUUCCAAAGAUACUAUCAGUUAUACUAGAAGUAUUUGGUAAUGCUUUUUCAGCAAGUGCAUUGUUUUUAUUAGGCUUAAUGAUGGUAGGAAAGAUUCACACUUUAAAAGGCCCAGCGCUUGUUAUACCAGGAAUACUGAUCUCGGUUAAAUUGUUGGCACUUCCUAUGAUAAUAAGAGAGUCUGUUAUUUUACUAAAUGCUGGAGUUAACGAAACAGAUACGAGAGAUUUAAGUACAUAUGGUUUUUUAUACGGAACAAUACCAACAGCACCAGCGCUCUUUAUUUUUACAUUGCGAUAUAACAUAGACAUUGACCUGAUUGCAUCUUCUAUGGUUGCUUGUACUUUCCUGUCGGCUCCAUUGAUGUUUGUAUCUGCUAAACUAAUUACUGCUAUUAAUGACGGCGUGUCACCGGCCAAGUAUGCUCAACAGUUGAAUACAUUUUCAAUGGACGUGAGUGUUGCCUCAAUAGCUGCUUGCUUGUGGCUCUUUGUUUGCUUCGUUGUACUUGCAGGGAAGAGAUAUAAACGGCCAACUCAUCGGUGUACUUUGUAUUUGAUUAUCGCACAACUCGCUGUUGGCAUUGGCGUUAUAAUAUGGACUAAACUCGAACCCAAUGAAAUUGGUUCUUUUCUUUGGUAUGUUCAAUUUGUCCUUAUCACCGUUGGUGUAUACGCAAGCAGGAUGUGGACAGUCGUGUUGGCUGGGACUCUGUUGUUUUUAAGCUCUCGAACGCUGACAUUUGUACAAAAUAUGCAGAAAUGGAUUAUGCCUAUUGGUUUUAUGAUACCUGUAUUAACUGUAGGUCUUAUGUGUCUUAUAAUAUCCCCAAAAAAUCCUGAUGACAUUGACUUAAGGAACCCGAAUUUUCAAUUCGGUCGAGUACAAGCAGCUAUUUCAAUAUUUAUUCUUUUAUUUUGUUUUAUAGUAACACUUGGAUGUUUAGUGCUACAACAAAGAUAUCAAAGACGUCAUCAUGCUGAAGUUUAUGCCAGUCUUAUAAAUAAUAAUACUGAUAAUGCGGAAUCGACGAUGGUAGAAACCAGAAAUGUUGUGGAUGUAGAAGAUUUAAUACCUUCUGGACCAUCAUUACCAGCAGGUAAUUGCGUAUUAGACACAGGAUGUGGCUUCCAGCGCAACGGAUGCAUUCAAAACGACUUGGUUGAUGAACAAGACUUUGAGAUUGAUCAAUUACGAAUUGAUUCAGAUGAUCCCCAAUUACUUAGACACUUAGUUCUACUCAUUUUUCUUUUAUGCUCUAUGUUUAUUGGUCUAGCUUUAUCGAUUGGCACAAUGAUAAUGGAACAAAUGACUGGCGUGUAUGCAGAGCUAGCUUUUCUCGACGUCGCAUUUAGUUAUGGACAAUCGUUGAUAGUAUUUGUGAUAUUUGGAUUAGAUCCAGGACUUGGAAAAUUGGGAUCCUGGCUGAAGAAAGUUUGCAGAGAGUGGCGUACUCGCCAAAAAUUACAACUACCAGAUGAAGAGUCGCUUAGCGCGGAAACUAAAACAAUUCGCGAACAAUUUCGUCAAUGUCAUCUGCACGAGUGUCGCCAAAGAAUUUCUAAUUGUCGUAGGCGAUUGUUGAAAGUAUAUCAGGGCGUUUUUUCAGGUAGUGAUCUUGUUGAUUGGUUGUUGGAGCAGCGAUUAGUUCAGAAUCGCGAAGAAGCUGUGCAAUAUGGUCGUUGCCUUCUUGAGAGUAGAGUUUUACAUCACGUUGAUGGUACACAUCAUUUUCAUGAUAAAAAUAUUUUGUAUUCUUUUCGGGGCUAAUCGUUAUUAUUAUAAAAUAGAUUUAUAUAUAUUUAUGUAUUAGAUUUUUUCUUAAACAAUUGUUUAUUGUUAAUUGUUAUUUGAAUUUUAUCAACCUAACUAAUUUUCGAAGGAUUAGCGAGUAUUAACAAUUCCAUUAGGUUGAAUCAGUUUUAUUAUACGUUGACUUUAUUUCUAAUCAAUUUACCUGGACAGAAAAUGUCAGUGACUGAUUAAAAUAGUUACAAAAUGAGGUUUGCUUCAAUAUGAAUUUUAAUUCAUAUACUUCCGAGUUAUUUUUUUAAUAAUUUAUGCAUCAGAUCUCUUAUUAAUGAACAAAUACAUAGGUUGAUUUUUAAUUUAAUUAUGUGACUAGUUACUUAGUUUUUUAUCUGCCGGACAGAUAGAUGAAUGAUGAUAUUCUUUGUACAUCAAAUACGAUAAUAGUGAUUAUAAUAAUUUUUUAGUAAUAAUAAAUAAGCACAAUCAUAAAUAAAUUAACGCACCUUCUUCAAUAUUUAUAAAUGAAAGUAUUGUUGGUUGAAAUGACCACUUGAUAAUACGACGGCUGUGUGAAACGCUAGACAAUAUUUGCUACCUAACUGACAGUUUAUAGUUAUCCUCAUUCAAUCAUUUAAGUAUUUAAAAACAAUUGUGUUUUGUACUCAUAUAAAUUUUCUGUUUUUAAUUAUUAUAGUAAAUUUAGUAUAGAUAAUUUAUUUUAAUAAACUUUAUCAGCUACUCAUAAAUAUGCUUUUAAGGAGACAGAUUAUAUUUUAUAAUUAUUUUAAGUAAUGAUAAAUAAUUGAAAUAAAUGUAUGUAAAGUUUAAUACAAAACAAUUGUAUUCAUUUUAAAAAAAGAAAUAAAUACACGUCAGUAAAA